AUGCGGUUCGCAAAGUCACUGGCGCUGUUGCUGGGCGCUGCCCUUUGCGAUGCACAAAUCUCGAAGCCUAGGGGAGGAGACGUGUUGAUGCCUAACCAGCAGUUCGAGGUCGAAUGGCAAACAACGGGUCUCAAGGCGCCCAUCAACAUCAACCUUAUCCCCAGCGGCAAGACAGACCUUUCCGUCAUCGCUGAGAAGAUUGGAGUGCAAAUCGACAACGUCGGCCGCCUGAACUGGAGCCCAAGCGCCUCUAUCGCAGCCUUCGAGAGCUUCGCCAUCAUGAUCACCGAUUCCGCCAAGGCCGUCGUCAUAUCCGAGCCAUUCCAGAUCAUCAAGCUUACUCAGCAGCCCGGCGUUCAGACGCCAAAGGUCGUGUACUCUGGAACUCUGCCAGCAAACGCCUUGCCCGCCAACUUUGUUGCUGCAGAGGCUACCCCUGCCGCAUCGACUUCUGUUCAGGCUACGUCUACCGAGGGAGCCCCGACUCAGUCAACUUCCGAGGCGUCCGAUUCCAAGAAGCCUAACCCUGACAAAGCCAACCCUGAGAAGGCCGCUCCCGAGGAGGCCGAUCCCGAGAAGGCUGAUCCCGAGAAGGCCAACCCUGAGAAUGCCGAUCCUCAAAAGUCCGACAAUGCGGCACCCACGCCCGUCAAGACCACUUCCGCUGUAUCCACUUCUUCCAACGUUACCCCGACUCCGUCAGCGUCCCCCGAGAAGACCAACCCCGAUAAGGCCAACCCGGAGAAGGCCGACCCCGAAAAGGCCGACCCCGAAAAGGCUGACCCUGAGGAGGCCGACCCUGAGAAGGCCGAUCCUCAGAAUUCUGACACUACUGCAUCUGCGCCCGUCAAGACUACUUCCGCUGUGUCUACUUCUUCCGAAGCUUCCCUGACUCCUUCAGCGCCUGUCCAGACCCCACCCGCCAAAGUCUCUGCCCCCAAAGACCAGAAGACGACAACUUCGUCAGACACAGUUGGAAAGACCAGUUCCUCGGUUUCUCUUCCCGACGCUACCGAGACGACCUCGACCUCUGAAGCCCCCCAAUCCACCUCUAAGGUCUCCGAGUCUUCAACUACGGCCGGGUCCGUCUCCAGUCUCCCAGUUGCCAACAACCAAACUGCAGCCCCAAGUGUUGAACCGACGCCAACCCCGAUUUUCGCUACUGUCUCUGCUAAGCCUGUCAAGACUGCCGCCCCGCCCCCGGCAAACAGCACCAGCGCUGUUCCACAAGUAUCGUCGGCUCCUAGCCAGACCCUCCCGGUCGUAACUCUUCCCCAACUCAGCACUAGCACUCCGAUCGCUGCCCCUCCUCAGCUGAAUACCAGCGCUCCGAUCAUUGCCCCUCCUCAGCUCAACACCAGCGCUCCGAUCAUUGCCCCUCCUCAGCUCAACACCAGCGCUCCGAUCAUUGCCCCUCCUCAGCUCAACACCAGCGCUCCGAUCAUUGCCCCGCCUCAGCUCAACACCAGCGCUCCGAUCAUUGCCCCUCCUCAGCUGAACACCAGUUUCCCGAUCGCUGCUCCUCAGCUCAACACCAGUGCUCCGAUCGCUGCUCCUCCUCAGCUCAACACCAGCACUCCGAUCGCUGCUCCUCAGCUCAACACCAGUGCUCCGAUCGCUGCUCCUCCUCAGCUGAACACCAGUUUCCCGAUCGCUGCUCCUCAGCUAAACACCAGUGCUCCGAUCACUGCUCCUCCUCAGCUCAACACCAGCACUCCGAUCGCUGCCCCUCCUCAGCUGAACACCAGUGCUCAGAUCAUUGCCCCGCCUGAGCUCAGCACCAGUACCCCGACUCUUCCGCAAGUGGAUACCAGCACUCCCGCUAUUCUGCCAGCCGUCUCAGUCACUGAGCCGGCGGCUGUUACUCCUGUUCCUGUUGCCACAUCGUCCUCUGAAAGCUCGCUCAGCAGUGUCACACCUACCGCGAGGAAUCCCGAGGUUGCUCCAACCGGAGUUUCCGUCGCCCCCCCUCAACCCGAGCCCUCUGUUCCCGCCCCGGCAGCUGGGCCAAGCGACAGCACGCCUUCGAAUGGAGCUUCGCCUACCGACCUCACGCCCCUGAACCCGAUCAAGUCUGUUGAACCCACGCCGACGCCCACACCUAGUGGAACCGGUUCUGGGGCUGGUUCAGGCAGUGGCGGUAACAAUGAAAAUAACAGCAGUAGCCGCUCCGGUGACUCGAUAUCCAGUGAGUCAACAUCGGCUAGCCAGCCAACAGCUCAACCGCAACUUGGAUCCGGAGAUGCAACUACUUCCGUUCGUCCUCCUGGUCCCGUAAUUACCCUGCCAUCCACUCUGAUGACGUCGAUGGUGCUUGCCACGGCAGCUAACGCUGUGGCGCCCACUGGCGGGCUCUUCGCGGUGACGACCGCCCCAACUGUAUUCAACCCUACCUCUGGGGGAUGCAGAACGACCCAGAGCGGCUACGUUGCGGCUCUUCUAGGUGCCGUGGUAGCAGCCGUCGCAGUUACCGUACUGUAG